GAGCAGAUAGUCCAACCUGUAGCAAUGGAGUCAUGUCCACAAAAAGCAAACAGAGUCACAGUAAAUACCCAACACUGAGUUCAUCAUCUUCAUCCUCUUCCUCCUCCUCCCCCUCAUCUGUGAACUACUCUGAGUCCAAUUCUACAGAUUCUACCAAAUCUCAGCAGCACAGUAGUACGAGUAAUCAAGAAACCAGUGACAGUGAGAUGGAAAUGGAGGCUGAGCAUUACCCCAAUGGAGUCCUGGAAAAUUCAUCCACCAGGAUAAUGAAUGGCACCUACAAACAUGAAGAGAUCCUGCAGACGGAUGAAUCCAGCAUGGAAGACAGCUGCCCCCAGAGGCAGCUCUGUGGAGGGAACCAUGCUGCCACGGAGCGAAUGAUCCAGUUUGGACGGGAGCUGCAGAUGCUGAGUGAGCAGCUUUGCAGAGAAUAUGGGAAGAACACAAUGCACAAAAAGAUGCUUCAGGACGCAUUUAGCUUGUUAGCUUACUCAGACCCUUGGAACUGCCCCGUUGGUCAACAGCUGGACCCAAUCCAGAGGGAACCUGUGUGUGCUGCUCUUAAUAGUGCUAUAUUGGAAUCUCAGAACCUGCCAAAGCAGCCCCCGCUGAUGCUUGCCCUGGGCCAGGCCUCGGAGUGUUUGCGGCUCAUGGCUCGUGUGGGCUUGGGCUCCUGCUCCUUUGCCAGAGUAGACGACUAUUUGCACUAGCCACCAGAGCAAGAUGGAGUUGACAUCGUUGAGUGGUGCCCUUCACCCUCCGUUGCUGCCACUCUACACCACCACCUCGUUCGAUAGCCUGACCUCCCUGCCACCAACACCCCCUCUAGCACACACACACACACUGCCUGUGAAAGGAUUGAGUGAGUCCCUCACUGUGCGCCUAUUCCUGACCCCAGGAACGACUGGCAGAUCUUAUUUGUCUCCCUGCCAUUGCUGCGGCUUCAGCAGCACUCAGUGUUUCACUGGUUAUUCUGAUGUAGCGCCUUCCGAUAUAGGGAUUUCUCUUUGUUUUGAUUUGAGUUGUUUCUUAUGGAUCCAUGAGCUGAGCUGGUUUCUGCUGAUUUACUGAGGAAGCUCAUCAAGUUGGUGACAGCUUGUUUUCUUCCCUUUUCCCCUCCAUCGUGCACAUACCGCAUCAUCUUCUGUGCUAGCUAUCUGAACUCUUCUCACAGUGGCAGUUCAGAGGGAUUUUUUUAUUUUAUUUUAUUUGAAUCCUGUUUAUUAAAAAGGUCUCUUCCACCUCCA